GAAGGGGGAAAUUCAAAAUUAAAAAGGGGCGCUCCUGGAAAAUUAGGGUUUGUGAGAUCGAGGAAGAUCAAUCGAAGAAUCAAUCAAUCAGAUUCCUGGAAAUGGACAAGUACGAGAAGUUAGAGAAGGUAGGAGAAGGAACCUACGGAAAGGUAUACAAGGCAAAGGAGAAAACGACGGGACAACUGGUGGCUCUGAAGAAGACGAGGCUUGAAAUGGACGAAGAGGGAGUACCACCGACUGCUCUGAGAGAAGUUUCACUGCUGCAGAUGCUGUCUCAAUCUCUGUAUGUUGUUAGAUUGCUGUGUGUUGAACAUGUUGACAAGAAGAACAGCACCACUGGAAUUGCGAAACCCUUACUGUACUUGGUGUUUGAGUAUCUUGACACCGAUCUUAAGAAAUUCAUCGAUUCUCAUCGCAAGGGUCCCAAUCCUCGUCCUCUCCCUCCUACUCAGGUUCAGAGCUUUCUCUUUCAACUUCUUAAGGGUGUUGCUCACUGCCACAGUCAUGGUGUUCUUCACAGAGAUCUCAAGCCCCAGAAUCUUCUUGUUGACAAAGAUAAGGGUAUUCUUAAGAUUGCUGAUCUUGGUCUUGGAAGGUCUUUCACUGUCCCUAUGAAGAGUUAUACCCACGAGAUCGUCACCCUGUGGUAUCGAGCACCCGAGGUUUUGCUUGGUUCUACCCAUUACUCCACUGGCGUUGAUAUUUGGUCUGUUGGUUGCAUCUUUGCUGAAAUGGUGAGAAGGCAAGCUUUGUUUCCUGGUGAUUCAGAAUUUCAACAACUUUUACACAUUUUCAGGUUGUUGGGAACUCCAACUGAGGAGCAGUGGCCUGGAGUAACUGCUCUGCGGGACUGGCAUGUGUAUCCUGUGUGGGAAUCUCAGAAUCUUGCUCGAGCAGUUCCAUCUUUGGGGGCCGAUGGUGUUGAUCUCUUAUCUAAAAUGCUCAAAUAUGAUCCAGCUGAAAGGAUCUCGGCCAAGGCAGCACUGGAUCAUCCAUACUUUGAUAAUCUUGACAAGUCUCAAUUCUAGAAAUGGUGUAGGAUUUCACUGAAUAUAGGGACUAUUGUUGGUGUAAUAUUUUCAAUGUAUGAUUACUGUUGAACGUGUCAUCUGCUUGGUGAUAUAAUUUCAUGAACUUGUUGAAAUGCUUGUGAGAACUCUGGUUUGUAUAAAGAUAUAUUUGUCGGGGAUGAUGAAGAUAAGAAAUUGUUGUUGCCUUCUUAAGAGUAUAAACAAACAAGAAAAUUUCACAAUUGAUUUAAUGUGCUUUUCUGCUAA